GUACCGCCUAAUUAAAGUGUGUCACAUGCAUUGUAAUGGAUAGUAAUAACGUUGGACAAAUCACUGGUCUUCAAUAUGGAUUUUAUAGCCCUGAUGAAAUCAGAAGGCUGUCAGUCCGCAAGGUUACAAAUGACCUGGCCUUCGAUAAAUUUACUGGCCGUGGGGUAGAUGGAGGGCUCCAUGACAUAAAUUUUGGAGUCAUUGGCUACAGCGAAACCUGUGCACAUUGUGGUCUGGAUUUUACAGACUGCCCUGGUCAUUGUGGCCACAUUGAGUUUGCAAAGCCAGUAUUCAAUCCCUUCAUGUUUGAUGUGUUGUACAAAGUAGUAAAGUCUUUCUGCUUCGGAUGUUUCCGCCUAUACAGUGCGGAGUAUCUUGCUUCGGCCUUGUAUCUACUUGGAGCAUCAGGCAUGUUUACCUCCCACAAUAAUAAUGUUUUAGUCACUAAACUUCCUGGUAAACCGAAAGCUCUUGAAAUUAAGGAGCUGGAAGGAUUGUCAGGCGAUGAUUUGCGUCAAGUUGCGAUUAGGAACUUAGCUACAAGACCCCGUGCUCCUUGCAAGCUGUGCGGUAGCGGGUCUUGGGGUCUAAGACACAUUAGUAAACAACAGUUAGUUCUGCACCCAAUAUCGAUCGCUGGGGGUAACCGUUCGAAAGCGAGGAUGAAGGAAGAAGUUGAAGAAGAUUGUAGUGAUCUUCUUGAUGGUUACAAACUAGAGGAAGAACGUCUGGUACAGAAGUCUUCUUUGUUUAUGGACAUGUCUGAUGGAAGUGAAGCUAGUAAAGCAGAAUCUGUUUACACGGCAAACUUAUCCACAGCCCGAAAUAUGCUGUCUGAAGCAAUCAAAAGCCAACAGCAGUCUAAAGAAAUAUGUUUCCCACCUGAAAUGAUCCGUAUAAUGCUGAGAUGUCUUUGGGCCAACGAUGGGGAUCUCUUAGUACUGUUAUUUCCUAUGCUCAAAGCCGCACGAUUGAACCAUACGUUUCCUACUGACGUAUUUUUUAUGGACAAUGUUCUGUUGUCGCCUUCUCUCUGUCGUUGGCCACGACAUGUUGGAAAUUUGGUUUACGAGCAUCCGGAAACUGCUGUUUAUGUCCGUAUUGUUAAGCGAGCCCAAUGCCUACACAAUAUUGUGGAGUUUAUUCGUCAGCGCAAUGAAAUGAGCAGUUCUCUUGAUGUAAAUAAACCCCCUGAAACAGGGACUUCAACCAUUGGUGGCGAUUCAAUUGAUGACACACAAUCAGAGGGUGCACUUAAACUUGCUACUGUGCUUCUCCAAGCAGCUGUUAAUGGGAUAUACGAUAUGAAUAUGGCAAUCACACCUCUAGGAUUAGAGUCCAGAAGUGGGAUCAGCAGUAAUGCAGUUCGACUACCCGGGUUAAGACAACGUUUAGAAAGAAAAGAAGGUCUCUUCCGUAUGCACAUGAUGGGUAAACGUGUUAAUUUCGCUUGUCGUUCUGUUAUCAGUCCAGAUCCAAAUCUUAGUGUUACUGAGGUUGGAGUACCGUUAUUUUUUGCAUCCCGUUUAACAUUCCCAACACCAGUAACAAAAUUCAAUUUGGUACAUUUACGUCAAUUGGUAAUGAAUGGACCAAAUAAUUAUCCAGGAGCUACAAGUAUUCAAUUCUCAAAUGGUAUCAUUACUAUGCUACCGCCAAAUGAUACUCCACAGGCUAAGAAAAAACGUGAAAUGUUGGCUUUACGAUUGAAACCACUUAUUUUGGGUAAAGAUAACAUACCUAUUAUUGUCAAUCGUCAUCUACUUGAAGGUGAUAUGCUUAUUAUGAAUAGACAACCUACGCUUCAUCGUCCUUCAAUGCAAGCACAUCGUGUUCGAAUAAUUAAGUGUGCAGGAGCAAAAACUCUUCGAUUGCACUAUUCAAAUUGUAAAGCUUACAAUGCAGAUUUCGAUGGGGAUGAAAUGAAUGGACAUUUUGUUCAAAGUUAUGCAGCAAAAGCUGAACUUGAAACAUUAGCUUCUGUUCCACAUCAGUAUUUAGUACCCAAAGAUGGGACACCACUUGCUGGGCUUAUACAAGAUCAUGUUAUAGCAGCAGUUAAACUAACAAUGCGUGAUCGAUUUCUCGAACAUGCUGAUUAUUUGGAUCUUGUGUAUCAUGCUCUUCGACCUCUAUUUGCUAUGAACCGACAAAAAUCUUCAGGUCCACCGUCUAUUAUCACAGUUAAACCUGCAAUAUGUUGGCCGAAACGUUUGUGGACUGGAAAACAGGUUGUUUCAACAUUGCUGAUAAAUCUCACACCUCCAGGCUUAUUGCCACUAAAUGCCACUCUUUUAGGUCGCCGAACUAAAGCUGAACUUUGGUCAGGAGUUGCUCCCGGUGGACCAACACCCCUAUCCGAUGUAGAUUUAGUUAUAUGUGAUGGUUAUCUUGUAUCCGGCAUGUUGGAUAAAUCUCAUAUUGGUUCAAGCAGUACAGGUUUGAUACAUUGUGUAUAUGAAGCAUAUGGCCCUGAAUCUGCUUCAUGUUUAUUAAAUGGAAUUAGUUUACUAGCCAAUAGGUUUUUAAAAUUCAUUGCUUUCACAAUGGGUUUGAAAGAUAUUUUGCUUUCACAUAGAGCAGAUGAAGAAAGGCAACGUCGUUUUAGUAAUCUUAAAGAUCUUGGCCUCUGUGCCUUUGCAGACACAUUUAAUUUAAAACCAGAAGAACUUACCGAAUCGAAUGUAAAUCGUUUGUAUCGUCAAGCACAAUUCCCUCCACCGACUGAUCAGUCUUUUCAAAAACGUCUCGCCCAGUUGGAUAUGGCAAUUAAGGAUCGGCUAAAAAGAGCACAAGAUGCGGUAUGUGAUUCUGCUAUUCCCGGAGGCCUAUAUGUUGGAUUUCCGGAGAACAAUUUGCAACUCAUGGUCCAUGUCGGUGCUAAAGGUGGUAUGGUUAACGCUCAACAGAUGUCCGUUGCUCUAGGUCAGAUUGAAUUAGAAGGCCGUCGUGUUCCAUUAAUGCUAAGUGGUAAAACAUUACCUUCAUUCCCACCUUACGAUGUUCGUCCACGUGCUGGCGGUAUGUGUACUGCUCGAUUUCUCACCUCACUCCCUGCACAGGAGCUGUUUUUCCACUCGAUGGCAGGUAGAGAUGGUCUUGUUGAUACAGCCGUAAAAACAAGCCGAUCAGGCUACUUACAGAGAUCAGCUAUCAAACAUCUAGAGGAUUUAAGCAUAGGUUAUGAUGGAACGGUGAGAGAUUCAGGAUCUAACAUAAUUCAAUUUCGUUAUGGAGAAGAUGGAGUGGAUGUAUGUCAGUCUGGCUUUUUACAACCUACUGGCUUACACUUCUUUGCUGAUAAUGUAAAUCUAAUGAAAAUACGUUGGCAUUGUGAUAAAAUCAAUACCGAUAAUCCAACAUGUGCUCAUUUGUUUGAAAAAAUUUUACUUCCUGAACCCAUACAAAUAAUGGCAGAUCAAGUUGGUGUUAAAAGACAACGUAUUCUACAUAAAACUGUAUCAAAGCAUACACUUGUCAAAAUUCUUAACAGUAGUAAACUAGCUCAUAAAGCACUUAAAACUAUGGAGAAGAAACAGCAAACAUCCGGAAAAGAUAAGAUAACAAAUAAAACAAUGCCUGAACCACCAUGUUCUGCAGCGGCUGAAUUAAGAGAUUUAUGUUUGGCCAAAAUUAUCAAUGCUCAAGCACCACCUGGUGAUCCUGUAGGUUUACUGGCUGCACAAUCAGUUGGUGAACCUUCUACUCAGAUGACAUUGAAUACUUUUCAUUUUGCUGGACGUGGUGAAAUGAAUGUAACGUUGGGAAUACCACGCUUACGAGAGAUUCUUAUGUCUGGGUCAUCAAAUAUAAGUACACCAUGUAUGGAAGUUCCUAUAUGGCCUACAAAAGAAGCUCAGCAACUUAGUGAACAAAUAGCUAAGAAGCUUUAUAAAAUGAAAUUAUCUGAGACUUUACGAUUGCCUAUUGGUCAGAAAGUGAAUUAUGUGUCAGAUUCUUGUACAUUUGAAUUUAACUUACAACCGAAAUCAGCCUAUUCAGAUCAUAGUCAUGUGACACCUGUUCGUGUUUUACGUUUUCUUGAACGUGUUCUCUUCCCAGAUUUGGCUCAUCGACUAAAUGAAGAAUUAAAAGAUCAAGGAAAGACUAGCCUUAUAAAAAGUUUUGCUUUAUCCGCUAUGGCUCGUCAACAACAAGCUGGUCAAAAUAAAAAUUCAGAAGAACCAGCUGAAGAUGCUGAUAUUGUGAAUCAACCAGGUAUAGGUCGUACUCGUGCACAAGACGAAUGGAAUGAAGAUGAUGGAUAUGAAGCUAUCAGACGCCGACGUCUUGAAGCAAAUGCUGAAGAGGAAGAUAUUACUGGAGCUGAUAAUAAUCGUCGUAAAAAUGGAACUGAUAUGGAUGAAUUGGUCGAUUUAGAUUUAGAUGAUGAAUACGAUGCUGAAGUGGCCGAACUGCAUGAAAUUGGACGCGAUCAUGAAAAAGAUGAUUGUGAUGAUGAACAACAAGAUAAUAAUAAUAAUAAUGGCAAAUGGCCUUGGAAUGAAUCAUCUCCAUCAAGUAAAUUAAAAAUGCUUCUUAGCAAUCCUUUAAGAUCAGACAAUAAAGUAACUAAUUCAAAAGAUGAAAAUCCUGAUGAAUUUGUCCAAUGGACUGGAGAUCCUGAAUCAAAUCAGUCAGAUGUAGAGAAUGAACAGGAAUUAAUUCAAGAAAAUAUGGAACGUAAUACAGAACAAGAGAAUGCUAUUAGUCAAGAUGAAGCUAACAAACGUAUAUCGUUUGUUACUAGUUUGCAUGCUCGUUUUAGUGGUUACGAAUUCGACCGGAAAAAUGCAUCUCCGAAAUGGGCACGCCUAACAAUUUGUAUGUUCGAUCCAAAUGAAGGACGUAUAUCAAUUGACUUGGAAACAUUAAUUAUGCGCCUUAUUAAUCGAGGUGUUGUAUCCUCUGUAUCUGGUAUUGAAAAGAUCAUUAUUGAUCGUUCAAAACCGAAUCAAUGGAUGUUCCGAGUUGAAGGUAUAAACAUGAUUGAAAUGAUGCGCUAUCCACAAGUAUUUGACUUAAGUCGUCUCUAUACUAACAACAUUGUUGUGAUGAAUGAAACAUAUGGUAUUGAAGCUGCUCGAGCAGCACUUCAAAGAGAAGUAUCUGGAGUAUUUGGUCAUUAUGGAAUUCAUGUGAAUUCUCGACAUUUAUCAUUGAUUGCCGACUAUCUAACGAAAUAUGGCGUUUAUCAUGCGUUUAAUAGACGUUCAAUGAGUUCACAUCCAUCACCGCUUCAACAGAUGACUUUCGAGACAGUUGCAACUGUGUUAAAAAAUUCAUUACAAAAUGAUUCUGUGGACAAUCUAGUCUCUCCUUCGGCAAGUUUAGUUGCUGGUCGUAUAGUUCAUUAUGCUGGGACAAAUUGUUUUGAGCUACUACAAAAAUUGGCCUGUUAACUAAACAAUAUUCUAUCAAUAAUAAAAUUAGUAAAAUUUUCUUGUGUACAGUGUAGCCACAUCUUCAAUGAUGCCAUGUACAAAAGUUAUUUUCAAAUGAUGACAUUGGUUAUGUGUCCAAUCAUUGUUUAUUUCAAAAUACGAGAUUUAUGUAAAUACAAAACAGGAAAAUGAUUUCACUGGUCUUUUGAUCACUUUUUAUGGAUAAUCGUAAUGAGACUUGUUUUUAUGCUAUUUCGUCUUGGUUAUAUUGUUUUUCAUUACAUAUCAGACCAUAAAUUUUC